CCUUAUAUUUUAGGAAGCUGCAGAUGAUGGACAUAGCAACAACCUUCUUCCUCAGAUUAUUCAGUGUUUUGCAUGUCCAAAUUGCUUUCUUCUUUUUAGCAGCGAGGAUGAGUGUGUGAAGCAUAUGUCUGGAAAGAAUCAUUUCCAUCAGAAUUUUAAACUGGGUGAUGACAAGGGAAAAGCGCAUCCAAUAUCAUUUCCAUCUUUUGCAAAGAAACUUUUGAUCUCUCUCUGCAGAGAUGUUCCGUUUCAAGUUAAGUGUGUGGCCUGCCACCAGACACUGCGUUCCCACAUGGAGCUCACUGCCCAUUUCAGAGUUCGUUGUCGAAAUGCUGGUCCUGUAGCUGUAGCUGAGAAGAGCAUCACCCAGGUUGCAGAGAAGUUCAUGUUAAGAGGUUAUUGUCCAAAUUGCAACCAAGUCUUUGUGGAUGAAACCAGUGCCCAAAAUCACAAGCAGAAUUCAGGACACAAAAUCCGAGUCAUUAACUCAAUGGAAGAAUCAGUCUUACUUUAUUGCCACGGCAAUGAAGGGAACAGACCUCCUUCUGACUUGCAUUUAUUGUUGGAUCAAUCAAAAUUUUCAUCUCUUAAAAGAACUAUGUCUAUUAAAGAAUCUAGCUCACAGGAUUACAGCAUCGUUCCAAAAAAGAAGAAGAAUUUACAAGACAAAAGCCAUGAAGGUGUGGUUUGCAUCCAGAAAGAAAAGUCAGUAGUUAAAACCUGGUUUUGUGAAUGCAAUCAACGAUUCCCAAGUGAAGAUGCAGUAGAAAAGCAUGUUUUCUCAGCAAACACAAUGUGUUAUAAGUGUGUGGUCUGUGGAAAGGUGUGUGAAGAUUCAGGAGUUAUCCGUUUACAUAUGAGCCGGAUUCAUGGAGGGGCACAUUUAAAUAACUUUCUUUUCUGGUGUCGGACAUGCAAAAAGGAGUUAACAAGGAAAGAUACUAUCAUGGCACAUGUGACUGAAUUUCAUAAUGGACAUAGAUAUUUUUAUGAGGUGGAUGAGGUAGAAAGUGAAACUUUACCAUCAUCUUCUACGGCAGUGGUAAAUAAUUUGACUGCUAACGAACCUUCCUCGACUAUUACUAUUAUCGAUCAUUCCCCAGCAAACAGUCCUCUAAGGGGCAAAUGGCAGUGCCGAAUUUGUGAAGAUAUGUUUGAUUCCCAGGAAUGUGUAAAACAGCACUGCAUGUCCUUGGCAAGUCACAAGUUUCAUAGAUAUAGCUGUGCCCAUUGCAGAAAGACUUUUCAUAAAAUAGAAACAUUAUACCGACAUUGUCAAGAUGAGCAUGACAAUGAUAUAAAGAUUAAAUACUUUUGUGGGCUUUGUGUUCUGAUCUUUAAUGUGGAAGAAGCAUUUUUGAGUCAUUAUGAGGAGCACCACAGCAUUGAUUAUGUGUUUGUGUCGGAAAAAAUUGAAAGUUCAAUUAAAACUGAGGAUGAUUUUCCAGUAAUAGAGACCAGUAACCUGUUAACGUGUGGUUGCCGUGAGAGUUACAUCUGUAAAGUCAACAGAAAGGAAGAUUAUAGUAGAUGUCUCCAAACCAUGCUGGAUAAAGGUAAACUGUGGUUCCGCUGCAGUUUGUGUUCAGCAACAGCACAGAAUUUAGCUGACAUGAACACUCAUAUCCAUCAAGUGCACAGAGAAGAAAAGAGUGAGCAGCAGCAGCAUGUAAUCAAAUGUGGCACCUGCACCAAAACAUUUCAUGAUCCUGAGAGUGCUCAGCAGCACUUCCAUAGAAAACAUUGCUUCUUACAGAAACCCAGUGUGGCUCAUUUUGGAUCUGAAAAAGCAUGUCUGUACAAGUUUACUGCCAGUGUCUCACGCACAGAGAGAAAACUGAAACAGGCAGUAAGUUAUCCAAAAAAUUCAGAGAUGGAGAAAGGAGCCGAGAAUGACCUAAGCUGUCAGAAUAUAGAGGAAGAAGUUGUUGAGCUUCCAGAUUUGGAUUACUUGCGAACCAUGACUCAUAUAGUCUUUGUAGAUUUUGAUAAUUGGUCAAACUUUUUUGGUCAUCUACCGGGGCAUCUUAACCAAGGAACAUUUAUUUGGGGCUUUCAAGGAGGAAACACCAAUUGGAAGCCUCCAGUGAACUGUAAGAUCUAUAAUUACCUGAACAGGAUUGGGUGCUUCUUCCUUCAUCCUCGAUGUAGUAAAAGAAAAGAUGCUGCUGAUUUUGCCAUAUGUAUGCAUGCUGGCCGUCUAGAUGAACAGCUACCCAAGCAGAUUCCUUUCACCAUCCUCUCAGGAGAUCAAGGUUUUCUGGAGCUGGAGAAUCAAUUUAAGAAGACUCAGAGGCCAGCUCAUAUACUAAACCCUCACCACUUAGAGGGAGAUAUGAUGUGUGCCUUGUUAAAUAGCAUAUCUGAUACCACCAAAG